CUGUAAAUAAAGCUAACCUCUAAUAUUAAUUAAUAAAUUCGUAACUAGCAAUUAUUAUUAUUUGAAUAUAUAAACAUGAAGGAGGAAGAAGUUGAUACGAAAAACUUAAUCAAAAGCCGUGAAUUACUGUAUAGACUGAUAAUAAGCCAAUUGUUUUAUGAUGGUCAUCAGAGUCUUGGAACAUCACUUACCAGUGCUGUGUCUGCAGAUCCUCCCUGCUCACCAUCUGAUAGAUUAUUACAUCUUGUGAUAGCUGGUUUAGACCAUGAACCGGAAAGAAAAGAAAGAGCUCCAAAUCACACAAUUGGCAGUAAUACCAUUGGCCCAGGAUUGGAUUUGGAGUUUGAAACUGAUGCUAAUAUACCAGCACCAGAGCCUGCUCUAUAUGAGACAGCCUAUGUUACUUCACACAAAGGCAAUUGCAGGGCUGGUUGUUUUUCUACUGAUGGGCAGCUAAUAGCUACUGGGAGUGUAGAUGCUAGUAUUAAGAUUUUAGAUGUUGAUAGGAUGUUAGCUAAAUCUGCACCAGAUGAAAUGGAUCCAACAAGAGGUGAACAACAAGGACAUCCAGUUAUAAGAACACUUUAUGAUCAUAUGGAAGAAGUAACUUGUCUAGAGUUUCAUCCAAAAGAACCAAUCCUAAUAUCUGGAUCGAAAGACAACACAAUAAAAAUGUUUGAUAUUUCUAAAGCCAGUGUCAAAAAAGCGUUUAAAACAAUCACAGAAGCAGAAUCAGUGAAAUGUUUCUCAUUUCAUCCAGGUGGAGAACAUUUAAUUGUUGGCACACAGCAUCCAGUUGUAAGAUUAUAUGAUGUAAACACAUUACAAUGCUAUGUAGGAAGUAUACCAUCGCAUCAACACACUGGCACUAUAACAUCUCUGAAAUGGUCACAAGAUGCUAAAAUAUAUGCAUCUGCAAGUAGAGAUGGUAGCAUUAAACUGUGGGAUGGAAUUUCAAGUAAAUGCAUCAACACAUUUGCGAAAGCUCAUGACGGUCUUGAAGUUUGUUCAGUUUCUUUCUCAAAGAAUGGUAAAUAUCUGUUAUCUGCGGGCAAGAAUUCCAUAUGCAAACUGUGGGAGUUAUCAACAAGCCGCUGUUUAAUCGCUUACACUGGUGCUGGAACAACUGGAAAACAAGAAUUUGAAGCUCAGGCUGUCUUCAACCACACUGAAGACUACGUCUUAUUCCCGGAUGAAGCAACAACAUCCCUUUGCGCCUGGAAUUCGCGGAAUGCAUCCAGAAAACAAUUAAUGUCACUCGGACAUAACGGCGCAGUUCGAUUAAUUGCGCAUUCGCCCACACAGGCUGCAUUUUUAACUUGUUCUGACGACUUCAGAGCUCGAUUUUGGUACCGAAGGACGCCAACAUUAUGAGAAGAGGAAUAGUUUUUCUUUUACAUUAUUAUUUUGUUUCCUAUUUUCCAUCAUUUAGAGAUAUCGCUGCGAAUUUCUAAUUUACUAUUAAUUUAAAUCGCCCCAAAUAAUAUCAGUCUUAAGUAAUACAUUUAUGUUUAUUUAUAUUGUAACAAUGAUAUUUACUUGUUGCUAUUUCUCUGAAUUGUGUUAAAUA